AUGCCAAACACCCCACCACCACCCCGGCAUUUCGACCUCCCGCCUGAGGUUGCCGUAGAGAUAGCUGGAUAUCUUCGCUCCUCACUCUUUGCGCCCCUGUCGUCCAACAUAACCCGGCUUCGCGAUGAAUGCAACGUUUCAAUGUCGGCCCAAAAGGAUAUCCUUCAGGAUGCACAGAGUCAGAUAUCAAAUGUGAUCGAGCCGGCCGCGGCACAGCUCAUCCCGAUAGCUACGGAGCUGAAUAGCGUGUAUCAGCAGAUUGACCUGCUCGAAGGUCUGAUACUACGGGUCAACGAGAACAUCAGACAGAUGACGUCCAAGGUCGAGCGAACCGAGCUGGCACUACGCCGAGAGGAACGGGCUCUGGGCGACGGCAAGCCGCCGCCAAUGUGGAAGGAGCAUGAAAAGGUCAAGGUCUUUCAGGCGAAGGACUAUGUCGAGAAUGGGAGGCUUAAGGAAACAGCGGCUCUGUGA